ACUCUCGUUCGUUCGUGGAUCUGGUCGCAAAAAUAUUGUAGUGAAAAAGGAAAAUAAUCACAACCGUGUGUAAACACAUAUAUUUUUGUAUCCAAACUUCUCAACCACACAACGCAGUACUGCAUAAAUAGUGGAUACCAGCCACCACUGUUGGUUGUUGUUAUUAUCAUCGUCCGUGCAAAAGCAAACGACCUUCGUGAUAUUUGCGAUAGGCUUCUCUUCUCCCUCCGUGUGUCUGUGUCUGUCUCUCUCGACACUAUUGCGAAAGAUAUACUUGUCGCAGCGGAGGAAUUUUGUUCUUUUUCGUACCUUGGAUUUCAGCUGAGCAAAAAUAAAAAAUUCGCUUCAUUUUUCGUCGUCCGAGUGAUAGAAAAUUGCGCUUUUGUGCUGUGGUGGGACGUGUGCAAUCCUCCGUCGUGAAUUUGCGUGACCGCAGCAGCACACACGACGGUGCACGUUGUGGAGCGAAAAGGUGAAAAUUCGAUCCAGCCGGAUACAUUUGUGGAAACAUUUUUUUUUUCGCUCAUUUCCCUCAAUUCGUUGUGACAACAGUGUGUGGAAGUGUUCGAAAGGGGUGUGCAGUGAAGUGAAGUGAGUCGCGAGGCGGGUAGUAGUAGCAGUAGUAGAAGGAAGAGCAACAGCAGCGACACCCCGCAACAAAAAAGUGCAUCUUAUUGGAUGGCUUUAUUUGGUUAUUGUUUGGUGUGAAGUGUUUCGGAAACGAGAAACGGCAGAGGCAGGGUGCGGAAGCUUAUUACUGCUGGGAAGUGCAGUGGCAAGCGAGAAAGAGAGAAGCAGAGAGCGUGGACAGAUCAAAAACCCGGGAGCACCAACAAAACGGAACCGACAGUCAACAGCUGAGAAGUAACCACGCUAUACCCACAAUCGCACUGAAAUAUUGAACACUACACCUCAAUAAUCUGUGUCGUGCACUAACAGCAAUCAUCCAGGAUGUGUGGAGUGGUCGUUUGUGCUAACUAGAAUAUUCACUAAUCGGGGUCGAGUGAAACACACAGAACCAAGAUAUCAUCAUCGAGACAAAGUGUGGGUAGGAAAAUUGGAGCGAACCGAAACGAACGAACAAAGCGUGGCAACAGCGAGUAGUGGCCGACGGAAGGCAAGUGCCGGCAAGAUUCGUAAAUGCACCGCCGCCACCACUGAGAGCGUAGCGGAAAGCAACGGCCGCUGCUGUUCUAGUGCCGCUGGGUGUACCAAUUGUUGCUGCUGCUGUUGCUGUGGCGGAUGUUGCGAUCGGACCGCAGCGGCUGCGACGACGACGACGACCAGGAGCAGGAGUGAUUCGAGCCACCACUGGUCCGGGGGGCACACCGCCAGAAAGAGGGAGUCUAGGUCGCUGCGAAGGCCUCAAGCUGGCAGCAGCAGCACGGGUGCCGGCGGCAUGGAGGCAACCCAUCUGGUGACGGAGUUCAUCACGCACACCGGCGCCAACGCACAGGACGCCGUCAGCUGUCUCAAGUCCUGGGAGUGGGAUCUGAAGAAGGCUCUCAUCGAUUACAAUGAUACAUCCACGACCGAGUACUUCAACAGCAAGAAGAACGACAAUGGGACAUUAAUGAAAGUACAAUCACCUCCGCUACCAGCACCAUCAGCACACGCCGUAACUGUUGCUACGACUUCCUCGCUACAACAGAAACCCUCACCCUCUUCAUCCGCUAGUUGUUCGUCGUAUAGCAAUCAGCCACAUCACAACACCAACAAUGGUGGAUGCAGUGGAAGUGGCAGUGCCUCCGUCAGCGGCUCGCAUCACCACCAUCCGGCGCUCGGUCCGCGAUCCAGCACAAACAGCGCCAGCAGCAGCGGGGGCGGCGCUGUCAUCGGCGGAAGCAUCGAGUACGGAUCUUCAUCCUCGGUGGGCCAUCAUCACCUUACGGCACCCAGCAGCAGCAGCCAUCUCGGCAUCAAUGGGACAACGGCGCUGCUGAAACCAACACUCACCAAAACCGAUUCGAUUGAUAUUUUUGACUGCAAAAAACUCGAACGGGGCAUCUCGCGGGCAACGGAGAAUGUGAACUUGGUUUCCCGGGCGCGUCAGGAGUUCGAGAUGGACUUCCACAGCAGUAGCAGCAGCAGUGCCCACUGUCACGAGCAAAACGAGAGGAAUUUGAAUUUCAUAGAUACCCCGGACUACACCUUCACUCUGCCGGAUCUCACCAAAUACUCGGAUGAAUUUAGGAAAUUUCUUGAAAAAGAUCUGAUAGAGAGCUCGACGCUUGCAUCGCUCGAGUCCACAAAUCGACUCAACUGGUGGUACGAUUCGGGCGUGUGUCGCAAGCUAUGGCCGUUAGCUACUACAGGUGACGGAAACUGCCUACUGCACGCGGCAUCGCUCGCCAUGUGUGGCUUCCACGAUCGGCGGCUCACGUUGCGCCGCACCCUCCAUGACAUCCUCUCGAAGGAGGAAUUCCGGGACGCUCUCUAUCGGCGCUGGCGUUUCCAGCAGACCCGUCUCAACCGGCAGGCCGGUUUCGUUUUCUGCGAAACCGAGUGGGCCCGGGAGUGGGAGGAGAUCGUGGCGAUCGCUUCGCCGGAACCUCGACGAAACUCGAAAUGUGCCUCGCGGAGGCGCUCGCUGUUGAUGGAGAAAAGUUUCGAUGCGAGCUCGUUGGAUGAUGAGAAUGCUGCCACCUACGAGAGCCUGGAGGAGAUUCACGUGCUAGCGUUGGCGCAUAUUCUGCGGCGAACCAUCAUCGUGGUGUCGGAUGUGUUUUUGCGCGAUAUGAACGGGGAAGCGUUUUCGCCGAUUCCGUUCGGUGGGGUUUAUCUGCCGUUUGAGGUGCCCUCGAAUGAGUGCCAUCGGGCCCCGUUGCUGUUGGCGUACGAUAUGGCCCAUUUUUCGGCCCUUGUUGCUAUGGAAACUCCGAAUGAUUUUCCUCCGGCGUUGAUUCCUCUGGUGGAUUCCAGUAAUCAGCUGUUGCCGAUUCAGUUUUGCAUUGAUCCGGGAAAGGAUUUCGAUUGGCGGGAGUAUGACGGCAGUGAUGGGAACUGGGUGUUGACGGAUCGAGAGCAUGUGGCGCUGCUGAAGGAAUACUUGGAGAUCGUCUACGCACCCGUCGCGGAUAGUCCGGACGAUGAGAUUUAUGACGAUUACUCGGAUGAGGAGUAUGAGAAGAAAAUCGCCGACGGGGAGAUUGUGUUUUCGGACGAGAAUCAUAACAGCGGAACGAGCACAUCCAAUCUAGCCGCAAUGAGUGCUUCUAAUCAGUCGCUUCCACCAUUCCCACCGAGUUCGGGAAGUGGUGGUGGAGGGUCAAGUGGGAAGAGUAAGGCCGCGAAGCAGCUGCAGAGUGUGGCCAAGCAGUUCGGAAGCAUCGGUAAAAGUAUGAGUAAGAAGCUGAAGAAAAAUAUCGGUUCCAUCACGAGGAUCGGGAGCAAAAGUGGCCAGCACAAAAAGUCCAGCAGCUCAUCGGACAAAUCUAGUCGAGGGGAGUAUCCCAAAUUUCGAAUUUUAUGUGCCACGUUGAAGGCACGAAGACACGAGUAUCAAGAGGAGAUGAUUAAAAACUAUCUGGAGUGUGCGCAGGAUCGGUUUCUUGAAAUGGAACGGUCGCGAAAAGGAAAGGAGCUGGAAAAAUUGAACAAGAAUAUUGAUCCGAAUCACGAUGUUUGCGAUUACGGCGGCGCCGACAAUGGCACGGAUUUGGUGAACUGUAUUAAUGCGGGAUGCCUCAACUAUGGUACCGUUGCCACCAGUUACAUGUGUUUGGAAUGCUAUGAGACGCAGCGGCAGCGAGAAUCUCAAUCCUGCAACGUGAACGAUUUAAUGCCACGAUAUGGAACUGGAAAAUCAAAAUUCUACACCCAGGCAGAUAUGGAAAGCCACGAUCGUAUACAACGGUUGCCUUCCGUUCGGAGACUAAACGAGCUUGAUCAAACUUUAUAUCUAUCCCGUUCGACCUUUUACAAUGACAAACGAGCUGUCCCGAUCAGCUCCGCGACCCCCCAGACAUCGUCCAACUAUCGGCACGGGUUCAGCCCUACGGAACGCACUCAGCCGCAGCAACCGCCGCAUCAACAGCAGCAGCAGCAGCAACUGGCCAGCAAUGGCUACCAUCCGGACUAUUCCAACUGUGCCAAACAGGCAACGGCCACAUCUGGUGGAAUCGUCGCCACGGUCUAUUCCCCGGGAAACACCAUCCUGAAUCGCACCCCUUCGGGAAUGUGCGUCUCGCUUCCACCACCAGCGGCUAGUCCCGUGCCCCAGCCCCAGCUUCCCAGUGCUUCUUCCUCGUCCGGAAUGUCGUCGUCUUCUUCGUCUGGCUCGAACACCUCGGAAACGUUGUUGAGGCAGCACCAGCAGCAGCAUCAGCAGCACCAAUCUGCGGGAGUGAUUACCAGCAGCCACUAUGGCAAAAACCAGAUGUGCCGAACCGAGGGUUGUAAGUUUUACGGAAGUAUUAACACGAACUUCUAUUGCUCCAAGUGUUGCCAGGAGUACAACAUCUAAGGGAAGGACAAAGAGAAAGAGUCGCAGGUUGGAACAUUCUGUAGAUAGAGUUGACGGUAAGAUAAGAGAUGUGUUAUUCUACGCUAUAUACGCUAUAUAUUUAUACAAACAUAUACGUCAUGGAGAAAUUGUUUAAGUCGUAUACUGAAAUCAAAUAUGUUUCGUUGCUUAGAAUUGUUAAUUUUUUUCACUGAAAUAACGUGUAAUGUGUGCAGUUAAAAGAAGAAAGGAAGAGUAAAUGCGAUCCAAAGAUCGCCGAAUAAUAAUUUCAUCGAGUGCAGGAUUUGACAGGAAGUAAAUGAAUUUAUCGGACCACUGUUACUUUUUCAGCUACUGAUUUUCAUAAAGAAUGUAGUAAUACACACUGAAAAAAAAAGUUAUUUCUAGUCUUCGGAGAUUUUCUUCACCCAUUCAGUGCGGGAGUUUGGAAUCUCUAUCCGGACGAUAUUGAAUGCAACGUUUUUAAAUAGCUUUGUUAACAAUAUGUUGUCUGUUUCAUUUGCAUUUUACAAAAGUCUAUUAAAAGCGUUUAGUAGGCAUCGAAGAUUUUGUACCGCGGAACCCUGGGACUUUCUCUUGGACAGUUAUCGCGACAAGGUUAUUAAAACGCGCAUGGCCAAAGUCAGGGUUCCAAAUCUGACUCAGACUCCCCACAAUUAUUAGUACCGACUCCGACUGUGACUCCGACUUCGACUCCUGCUGGGAAACAUGAUACAAUUCGAAACCAGGUUUUUCAUUAGAACGUUUUAUUUACGAUUUUCUAAGAUUUAACAUUUGGAAUGCCCGUAAAAACAGAAUUGCUUCAGCCAACUCUUCCUUCAGUGUGGCUCGAAGGUCUGACUUCACAAUUUUCGAAGCAAAGAACAGCCUUUCUACGCAGGUUUGGUUCAUUGGCGUGGCGUGCAACAUCCACGAUGAGCUCAGGAAACACUGGAAUCACUUCGGGUACUGUCAUCUUGUACGAUCGGUCAUAUUGGAUUUCACUUCGAAAGAUGUUAAUCGGCUGAUUUUCUGGGACAGUUAUUUUCACUUACCAUGCCAUGUUUGAGGAAGAGAUGUGAAAGGCCCACAAUGGUUUUAUAGUUGCAGAGUUUAAUGGUUUUGUUUUGGUUUUUCGCAGAACGCUUCGAAUGUUACUUUUCGAAACAAACAUUAACAAGUUGAAUCGACAACAACAUUGCUGGUUUGUUGCCCAGCUUUUCAUUAUACGAAAACAGGUACAGUUUCAAACUUGUCUUUUUUUAACUAUGAGAAUCUACAUUUUACCAUUUGUGUAACUGACAGCACGUCAAACAUACGCAACCGUUCUUGAUCACAGCGACUCAGAACAAAAAAAAAAAACAAAACUGGUUUCAACCGAAUCCUCACUCAAUAUCUUACCAAAAGAGCUUUUUACCAUGGAGGGCGCCUCCCCUAACGUUGAGCAUUUUCCAUUUUACCCCUUAGAGAACAACAGUUACUCGUUGGUGCUAUAUAACGCAGUUAUCACGAAAUAAAAAAAAAGUUACAGUGAAAAAAAAAACAGAAAAAGGUUAAUACGCUUCCGAUUACCGAAAUUGAGCAGCCGCUUUUUGAAAACACAGAACUCUCGAGCGAAACGAUGCAAAACAUUUUGUACGUAAUCUAAAAAUAUGUACACAAACAUAUCGUGAAACGAAACAAAAGAAAAAACACAGGAUUAAAUAACGCUUCGAAGCUUGAUGGAUGAAUCAGUAUACCAAAAAAGAAUAAAUUAUAUAGCUAUACACAAACAGGUAGAGAGAGAGAGCGACACGUUACAAUAUGAUAAAAGAAAAAAAAACCUUUGUGCAAACCGUUUUGAAAAUAGAAAGGGAAAGCGGGAAAGGAGGCGAUUUUUAUGAUUUAUAAGUGUGCCUUUUAGUUUUUAAUUUUGUCGUGUCUCUGGUAGAUGGAUAGGAUGUUUGAAGAAACAGAAGAAUAUUUAAACAAAUCACUCGAGCGAAGAAUGUGAUGUUAAAAAAUACAAUGCCAAACAUUGGAGUGGGGAAAAGAAAUAUCGAACGGAUGCAGCAGGACACUUUCAUUCAUGUGUUCCAAACAAGUAUUAUUUAUUCAUCGUAUAUGAGCAUAUUUAUUCAUCGCAAAAAUCAGAGUAAAAGAUUUCCGUAUUCGUCGAAAUGUACUUAUCCCAAGCCACUUCAUCUUCGCUUUGCCUAACGAGGAAAACUCCUAGUCGCCUUAUUUCGAAACGCUCUAAAUGCAAAGCAAACUGUAUCAUCACAACAACUCACACACACAUAUAUAGUAUAACAAAACCAGAUUAACUGCAUAAUAACCACAAUGUAUCACAAAGUUUUCCGGUUCUGUUUCAAAUCGAAAUUGCGAUACACAACACAUAUAAGAUUCGUUUCGAAGCAAGCGAACCAGCAGAUAUAAACGAAAAUAAAACUAUUUAAGCAUGUAUUUGUAAUUCACAGGAAAAAUAAAGAAGGAUGAUUCAAAAUCAGUUCUUGAACGAUGUCAAAACAGAAAAAAAACGAAAUAUUUUCGAACACUAUAAGGAUGUGUUGAAGUCGAUACGCGAAAGAUGAGAGAUGCAGAGAUGAUGGUAGGUAAAGUGUGUAGUAUAGAACUUGAUAGAGAUAGGGAAACAGAAGAAGAAGAAGAAGAAGAAAAAGAGUAAAAACGUAACUUAUACAUACUAUAUUUAUUGUAUUUCAGAGGAAAACAAAAACCCAGAUGAUAUUUAGUUUGUAAGAAAUAACAGGAAAACUUGUAACCUUGUUGAGCUACCAAAUAAAUAGAGAUGAUCGCGAGACAAUGUGAUAUUGACGAA